GCAAUACGGUUAGUGAAAGCUGCAUGGGAUGCUAUAAGCACAAAAACUUUAAAAAAUUGUUGGCAUCACACUAGAAUCUUACCUAGCCAACAUCUUGUUAAAAUUUUAUCAGAAUUGGAACCAGAGCCUAAUGAAGACCCUGAAGCUCAAAUCAUUCAAAUUCCUGAAAUUAUUACAACUCAACAUGAGGCCCAAAAAGUUAUUGACCUAACUGAAGACCCCUACUUUCGAUGA